CUGAUUCCCACUCCUUGUCUUUCAGUCUCUCCACUCACUCCAUCCAUCUCUUUCCCACUCUCUCCAUCCAGUUUCUCCCUUUUGACAGUUUCACACAGAAAACCCCCCUCUCCCCUCUAAACUCCAUCUACCCUUCAUUCACACAGAAUUUCUCAAAAGAAAGUUAGAUAUAUCAUCUUCUACACAACCACCCCAUUCACUUCAAAUUUACAAACCCAUCUCUGAAUCACUCCCUCUUCCCUUGUUUUAACGGAAUUCUUAAAAGAAGUUUUGAUCAUGAAGAUUUUCUGGGUUGUUUUUAAUCUUCUUCUCCAUUGAGUAUCAACUCUGUUUUUUUUUUCAAAGUUUUUUUUUCAGAAAUUUUGAAGAAAUGCAAGAUCCAGCAACAUAUCAUCAUCAACAAAUCAAACCCCAACAGCUUCAACUUCAACCACAACUACAACAACAGCAACCACAAUUUCCAGAACAAGAACAUCUAAAAUGUCCGCGAUGUGAUUCAUCAAACACAAAAUUCUGUUACUACAACAAUUAUAAUCUAUCACAGCCAAGACAUUUCUGCAAAAACUGUAGGAGGUAUUGGACUAAAGGUGGUGCCUUGAGAAAUAUUCCAGUUGGUGGUGGUACAAGAAAACAUACUAAGAAAUCUUCAACCCCGAAGAGAAUUUCAUCUUCAACAACACCAACAGUAACAACAGCAGCAGCAGCAGCAAAUUCUGCAAAUUCAGUGACAACAACAGUGCAAUUUCCGAAACCAGUGGUAUCAUCAAAUGGCGUGGGGAUUAAUGGAAUUGGGAUUUUCAGUUCAAUGGAUCAUCAAAUGUUGGAUAUUUCUGGAAGUUUUAGUUCUUUAUUAGCAUCAAAUGGGCAGUUUGGAAAUUUAUUGUUAGAUGGUUUAAAUGUUAACCCUGCUACUAAUAGUAAUCAGAGUAAUGGCGGAGGUGGUGGUAGUAUUAAAGAAGUUCAUCAAUUUGGGGAAUUUAUGGUUGAAAAUUCUGAGAAUUUGAGUAAUAAUCAUAAUAACCAACAUCUACAUACAACAUUGGAGUUGCAGAGUAAUGGUGGGGGGAAUUCAGAAAGUUUAUUAGAAUUACAGAAUGGUGAUUGGGGUGGUGGUGGUGGUGGCGGUGGAGGUGGAGGAGGUGGUGGUGGAAUUGUUUGGCCUGAUCUUGCUAUUUACACCCCAGGACACUCCAAAUUUGUUCAGGUCGGAAAUGUGAGAUAUUAUGCAGAAGGCAGAAUCAAGAGGGUGACGAGUUUCAUGAUAGGCGCCCUUACGCGGCUUUGUAAUUCUACGUGUGAUUAGUCUAUGGCACCAUUAAUAGGUUUGUUGUUCGCUUGUGAAUUGUCGUUGCACAUUGAGGAAAAUGCUAGGAAAUGUUGUCAUGGAAGGAAAAUCGUCAUCAACUUGUGCAAACAGACAAUGAACUAUAAUAGGUUAAACAUGGAAGAUGACAUAUGAUACAUAGCGCAAUAGACU